AUGAUCAUGUUCCAGAAUCAUCGCGAGCAACGCGACCAUGCGGCCCAACGCGAGGUUUCCAGCCUCAUCGACGAGAGCAAGCUAGUCACUAUCAACUUAUGGGACAAUCCGGUGAAACCUAAGGCGAUAACCGCCUUGUUCCCAUUCUGGCCUAAAGCUUGCUUUAACGAGAGUCCCCUCCUAGUGCAGGCCCUCCAGACCGCGAUUGGGCCUCAUUGGAAUCGAGCCAUUAUAUUUUGGGACAAGAAGAUCAAUGCAUGGCGCGAUACUCUUGACAGUUACCCUCAUCGUUUCUCUGUUCACCAACGUUCGAUUGUGGUUCGACUGCCACAGGUUGAAGUGCCACUUGCAGGCUUACCCUCAUUAACUAAGAGUAGCCCGAUAAAGCCCCCCACCUCUUCAUUUCUGUCAUCUUCGGGACUGCCCCCAAUAUGUGACUUACCAUCUUCACCCAGGGACAGCUCACAACCCCAUAUGCCCAGUCAGCAAACCACUUCGACUACGGGACCCACACAAGCAUCGACAUACAAAACUACCCCUGAGAUCCAACCUCAUCCUACCGGAGUAGGUGUUGAAGAGGACCAGACCACGACCUCAACCCCUCGAUCUCCCAUCACGAUCGAUUUAACAGGAUCGCCUGAUGACGACCCUAAUCAAGUCCAUGUUGGAAUGCAACGCGAUCACAGCGUGUGGAUUUCCACGCAAACUGGUUGCUGA